UUCUUUAGAUUACUGGCGCAAGUAUACACCCUGUGCGUGGAGGGCGACGAGCAGCACUGGGAGAAGCUGGUCGAUGAGGUGGUGAGGAUAUCAGUGAUCUGCGAGCAGGAGUCGCCAAAGUGCAUCUAUCGGGUGACAGCGGGUGAUCCUGAUCUACAGGGCAUCAUCGAGGCUUAUAUUACCGUACCAGGUAGGAAAUAUGUAUUUGGUGUGUCUGUAGCUGUUAAUAUAAGAGGUCGACAGCUGAGCUUCUUGGGUCACGUUAAUCGAAAGAAUGGUUUGGAAAAUCUUGCACUAGCUGACUGGAAGAAUCGAGGGGAGGAGCUAGGAGUAGGGGUAGCAGGAGGAUUCUGUGGAUGAGUAGCUUAAGGAGUAGGAUUUCUGAAAGUGGAAUUGAUCUCAGGGAGAUCACUUCAUAGAAUAUGGGACAGAGGGUUAUGGCAUUCCAUGGUCGCCAAUGUCUCAGGACAUGGCACAUAAAGAAGAAGAAUAGCUGUUAAGGCACUGCUGUGAGUGAUAUUGGUUAAUUUGGUGUGUACGAUCUGUAACCGGGUCGUACCUGUAUUAAUUAAGGGCACAC